AAUCAAUAAGUUACCUUUUGAUAACGAUGAGACAAAAGGUAACAAAGAGGAUUAUUUUCACGUUGUAUUCUAUAAUCGAACAUGGAUUAAUAAAUAUUAAAUGCUAAAGUUUAACAACACUCAACAACUUAUCAUGAUUUGUGCGGUUUUCUACCAUUAGUAGGGUAUCCCAAAACGCGAAGCCAACCAUAGACGAGAUUUUAAUUACGUGAGCGAACAUUGGAUAGUGGAACGUCCGCGCUUAUUUGGGAGUGGUAAUGCGCCGAACCAAUCUACUGCGUUCCCGUGAUCAUUGACUUCGGCCAUUGGUCUAUCCUUUGUCAACCAAUCAUUGAAAAACCAGUGAGGAGAUCCAAUUGAGCCAUGGAGCACGCUCAGAUCCAGAGCUCGGAUGGUACGCAGGUGAUGACCAUCAAUGGGCAGCAACUGCAGGUGCUGCAGAUGAACAAUGCGGGCCCGCACAUGAUCCAGGGGCCCAACGGACAGCAGAUUGUGGUCCACGCCAUACCAACCACCGCACCUACUAUUCAGCUGGGAACACCACAAAUCCAGGUAAUGGCAACGCCCAAUGGACAGCAACUCCAGCAAUUACAAGUGUUGCCUCUGUCCAGUCUUCAAGGCACAAGUAACAAUAUUCAACCAAUGCAGCUAGUCCAAACAGCAGACGGACAAACAUUCAUCUACCAGCCCACUGCCAGCGCUCCGCAGCCUUCCAUAGACCAGCAUCAGAUCAUCCAUCAACCUGCUGUUAUCAACUUGAACGGCAAUUUGGUGCAAGUAGCGAAUGUCGGCAACGCCGUGCAGCAGCAGCAAAUUGUUAACCAGCCCAAUAUUGUUAUGAUGGUAAACAACAGCAGCAGCAGCAGCAGCGGCGGCGGCGGCGGCGGCGGCGCCAGCACGGCGGCGGCGGACGGCGCGGGCGCGGACGAGGAGCCGCUGCUGUACGUGAACGCGCGCCAGUACAAGCGCAUCCUCAAGCGCCGCGCCGCGCGCGCCAAGCUGCACGAGCAGGGCAAGAUACCCAAGGAGAGGCCGAAAUAUCUACACGAAUCUAGGCACAGGCACGCAAUGAAUCGGAUACGCGGCGAGGGUGGCAGAUUCCAUUCCGGCAGUAGGAAGUGUCGGAAUAUGGAAAUGGUGGAGCAGGGCUCGGAGGAAGAACACAAGCCUUUAGAAGAUAUCAAACCGGAUACUGUGUCUAUCACCAUUAUUCAGGACGAAGAAUCCCAAGAGCGCCAGCGGAGUCACUGGCGGCGCCUCGCCCCGCACCAGCCCGUGCCCUCCGCGUAGCACUGAGGCCGCCCCGGCCCCGGCCCCGGCCCCGGCCCCGGCCCCGGCCCCGGCCCCGGCCCCGGCCUCGGCCCCGGCGGGCGCCGCUUCACUUACACGACGAGAUACGGUCGGGGAUGUUAGCGCGCCGGCCGAACACCGCUAUACCACUUAAUUUAUUCGGUUGGUGAGUUCAUUGACUAUGGUGUGAUUAACCCAUUGAACGCCGCGCCUACCGUGUGAACCUUGUCGUAAUGCACGGUCAAAGAGAGUUGUAUUAUGACGUCAAGAGCAUCUAAAGGGAUUAUGAGUAGUGCAUACACCGCCAAGAAUACCGCGACUUAUGUGUUACGGCGUAUGCUGUCGAUGCCACCUUUGGCCAUAAUGUUGACGUGUGAGUGAGAGCGUGAGGCAUUAAACGAGUUAAAGAUUACCCAAACUAAGCUAGCCUUAUACUAGAAACCCACCACCGACCGACUGAGAUAAGUGAAAGGCGGUAAUUGUAGAUGGCGCUCCCGACGAUGGUUCCUUUUUAUGUAGGGACAACCAAUUUGACAGAUGCCUUCCCAUUGUUCGUGUAAAUGUUAAUUUAUUGGAAAUCUUACCGCUGUCAGGCUUUUUUAUGUCAGAUACUUUGAUAAUAGGUACGGUCACGUCUCAAAAUGUCGACGCGGACAAAGUGCCAGAAAUAUAUGGGCCCACUACCCUAAUAUAUAGACCAUAAAGUCGUGUAUACAUAUUUUUGGCACUUCGAUCGUGUCGAUGUUUUCAGACGUGACUGUAUAACAGAAUAGACAAUAGAUAAUUAAGAUGAUAUAAUUGAUGGGAAUGUGAUCGUUUUAAAGACAAAAAGCUCGAUCAAGGUGAGACGUAUAAUGAUACUUUGAUUUAUUAUUACUAUAUAUGGAACCGGCACGGUGAACCAAUAUUUUGCACCAUAAGUGUUUGUUUUGACAACAAAUAAAAGCGUAGCGGGAAUUCCGUGACAUAAACGCGUAAGCGCCAUCAAUGUUUACGGUGCUUAUGACGUUUUGGUCGCGCGGUACAGGUUGCGAUCGCGACAACUUUAAUUAUUUGGUAUGGCUUCUCUAUAGUAGUAAUAACUCAAUCUAAUGAUAUAAUGCAUUUGCAUUUAGAGAGAUUAUAUAUGCGGUCUAGACUGAAAAUCAUUUAUGAAGCAUCUUUAUAUUGUCAAAUUAUGACUCGUAUUCAUUUGAUGCGGGGUUAAUUUCAAGCAAAGUCAGAAAAAUAAGAAGUAAUAAAUAAAGCGGAACUCUAUUUUGAACUCCUACACGUACUCUGGUUAUAAUAUUAGCGAAAAAUCGUUGAGCAUUAGACUUUCUGUUUGCCGCGAUAUCUAAUGUCGAGUAGCAGUACUGAGAUUUCCGCUACUCGAUAUUAAAUAAUAAAUAAAUAAAUAUCGACUGCGUAUAUAAUAAGCAUUUUGGUACCAAAACUGAUGUAUGGAGUGAGCACUUUAUUACUUCUUAUUUUUCUAUGGCAAAGUGUAACUAAUAUCAGUUAACAUAAGAAUGCAAUCAGAAUCGCCCUUAUCUACAACAUUUAUGGUAUUUAAAUAACUGACAAAAUUAAUCAUGUCUUGUAAACUAGUGUACUGCGGAGCAAAGCUCCUCUUAGCAGUGAGAUAAGUAUGAAGUCGAAUUUUAUGUUUCUGAAGACAUCGGACCGUGUAAAGGCCUUUAAAGAUUUGACGUUAAAUCUAAGUAUUGUUGAUUUUUAUUUACUGUUUAAAAUAUCCGUUAGUAUCAAUAGUGUAGGCAAUCAAAAUCGAAGUUUCUAUUAUAUAGGUAUUAGUAUUAGAUAGACUAAAAGCUUGGUGAUCUAAAUAAUUCUAAAAUUACUACGACACUGCCCGUAAAACAGUUAAAUGUGUAGAUAGACGUGAAAUAAUAAUAAUAACUCCAAAUUAGUUUAAAAUAUUAACUCUUAGACAGUCUCUAUGUGACGUUCCACGAAGAAAGGUAGCUUAAGCCAUAAGGUACCUUUUAUCGUGGAAUGUCACAUAUUAUUGGAUCUCAAUCCGUUAUAUGGGUGGAUCAACUUUUUUUUCUUGUCAUUCUGUCCUGUCAGCCAAGCGAAUGUUAUAUAUACUACCUACGUUCUACCAAAAAGAAUUUGAAAUAGAGGUGUAUUGUCAUAGAAAACUUUAUUGCGACGUAAAUGUACUGCCAUCUUUCGACACAUAAUUAAAACUUUUAGAACGCCAGUUGACAUUGAUCCUUAUUCUUUUACUGAUAUGUCUUAAAUUUGUUAAAUAUCAAAAAGUGGCGCCAUCUAAUAGAUUGAAGGCCAAAGGUAUAGCAGUAUCGUUUCGAGCGAUGGCGCCAUAACCUUUAGGUAGUGCUCGGCAAGACAGCGUCGCUUUAUGAUAUUUAACAAAUUGAACACAUGUCCGUGAAAGAAUAAGGAUCGGAGUCAAAUGGCGUUCUAAAAGUUUUAAUUAUGUGUCGAAAGAUGGCAAUAAAUUUACGUGGCUACAAAGUUUUCUUUGACAAUACACCUCUAUUUCAAAUUCUCUUUGGUUCUACGAAAAUAUUAAGUAAAUAGAUGACCGUUUAUGGAAAUGGCUUCUAUUCUAACUCCCAUAAAAAAUAUAUGCCUGGUUAUUUUAAGUACCAUAAAACCAGGUUUUUAAGAGUGACCCAGGCGACCGUAACCAUGGCAACAGUGAUAAGAGAAAGUUGAUUCAUCCAUCAGCAACAUGCUUAUGAUUACGCGUUUUAAGCAUUAACUACUAUACCAUAAUCGAUGUCGAACUAGAAAUGGCUAGAGUAGGUUGAUAAUUUCAAUAUUUUGACGAAUUCUUGGCAAGAUUACGCCAGAAUCAGCGUUUUAAACUAUCGUACAUGAGGCUUUUUUCGCAACACGUUUACUUUAAGUUAACGUUGUUUUUUGUUUUUAAAUAUUGCUGGCAAUUUACAUGAAUUGUUAAAUUAUUGUUUUAGAAUUGAUUAAUAUUAUUAUAUGUGAAGAGUAUUUUUAAUGAGCUUUAAGAUUUCUCAGCGAGGAAAUUACAUGAAAUAUUGGUCAGCAGAUUUU